AUGCACAAUAAUAGUAAGAAAGCAUCAUUAAGUAAUAGAAGACAAGAAAAGAUACUUUCAAGCUCUUUUAUAAAAACGAACAAUUAUGGUAAGAAUGAAUAUAAGAGCAAAUGUAUGUAUAGUCCUAUAGAUAAUAUAAAUAAUUUAAAUAAUGAAUGUUUUGAACGUAUUUCUAAGAAUUCUUGGUAUGAUACAAGUUGUUUGAAAAGAAAUAAGAAGAACGAUGACAUUUUUUUAUUCUGUAUAGAAAAUAAAAAAAAAAAUGAUAAUUCCCAAACAAAUACAUCUUAUAAUAAGAGCGAAAAUGUGUCAAAUGAAUUAGUGAAUACAUUUUCAACAUUAAAUGAAAAAAGAAAUAAUAAUAUUAUUACGCCUAUGAAUGUUUUGAAGACAUAUAUAAAUGAUGAAUCAUCCAAUGAAAAUGGGAAAAAAAAAAUAAAGAAAAAAAAGAAAAAAGGUUAUUAUAAUUGUAAUUACGUAAAUUAUGAUAAUAAUUUAGAAUCAUAUAAAAGUAUUUCAAUAAAUAAUAUAAAAAAGAAGUAUAAAAAUAAAAGUAUAAUAAAAAAAUCGUACAAUUUAUUUAACACAGAUUGUUACAAUAAAAAGGAACAUGUCAAAAAUGGUAGUUCUCUAACAUUGAAUACUCCUAAAAAUGUUAAACCGGAUAUGUUCGAAAAAUGCAAUAGUGAGUUUGAUAAGUUUUUAACAACAAAAGGUUUUAAAAAUGAGUUAUCAAUGAAUAAUAAAAUGAGUUUGAAUAAUAAAGAUAUUAGAAAUAUAUUUCCAAAUUAUGAAAGAACUAAUUCGUUAAAUUAUUAUAACAAUUACGAUGGACACAAAAUUAAUAAAAAUCACAAUUCAGUUGUAAAAAAUGAAAAUAUAUAUAUGAAAAGAUAUAACAUUCCUCAUUUGUAUAAUGAUGAUAAUAUAUACGAAACGUAUGAUGAAAAUAUAUUAGUUCAGGAUUUACAAGAAAAGAAAAAAAAGAAAAUAACUAUGACUAAUUUGCAGUCUACAAAUAAUAAUGUGAUUGAACAUAAGAAAAAAACAACCCUGAUAUGUAAUAAUAAUAAGAAUGAUAAUAUACACACAUAUUUUAAUAAUAAUAAUCAUUAUUUUAACAAUAUUGAUGGACAUGAUACUGAUUCAAUAUUUUAUGAAAAAAAAAAGAAUGAAUAUAAGAUAAAUUUAUUUCUGCCUAGUAAUUCAUCAUAUCAUUCAAAGGGGGAACAAAUAAAGAAUAAUAAUUACAUAUAUAUGAAAAAUCAUACAAAAUUAAAGAAAAAUCACAUCGAUGAAAAGGAAAAAAAAAAGAGUUAUCUUAGAAGCCCUUUAAAAAUAUCUCAUUCAACUUCAAAAAGUAUCAUAUUAAAAAAAAUUAUGAAUGAUUAUACAAAUGAUGACAAUAUAAAUAGUAAUAUUCUUUUAUCGAAUAAUAACACACAAGAACUAUAUAUUAAUAAUGAAUCAAAAUUAUGUUUAGAUGAUAAAUCGUUAUUUUAUACAAAUAAUGAAACCAAAAUUUCAUUCAGCAUAGAUUUUAAAAUAUAUCCUCCUAUACUUAUGAAAAAUAUUACUCAGUUAAAUAUAUAUAUAGAAAAUAAAAUGAUAAAGAAUAUUUAUAUAAGUGAGUUUCCUCAAACAUUUUCUGUUAUUCUUCAACAUUGUAUAAAAAUAAAUAAUGAAAAGGCAUAUAUUAAAAUAAAGAAUAAAAUAAUUCAUAUGAAAGAAACGAAUGUUAUAAAAUUUGUUUUUUUUAAAAAUGAAAAAGUUAUAGGAUGUUCAUAUAUUAGUGUAACAAAUUUAUUAAAUUUAGGAUUAGAAGGAGGUGUAUUCUUAUUAGUUGAAGAAUAUAAAAAUGAAAAUAACAAAAAAAAUAAUAUGCAAGUAAAAAAUUCUCAAAAAUUAAAUGAUGUACACCAAAUAAAAAAUUCUCAAAAAGUAAAUGAUGUAUACGAAAAAAAAAAUUAUUGUGAUAAUUUUCAUAAAAUACCUAUUAAUAUGCAAGAUGUCCAAAUAAUGAAAUCCAAAAUAUUUUUGAACUAUAAAAUAAAUUGUCCUAAAUUUCUUAUAAAUACCAUUUCACCUAGUGAUAUUAUAACAACUAAAGAAAAAAUAAAAUACUUGGAAGAUAUGAUAAGGCAGAUAUAUUAUUCAUUCCAGAGUUACAACAUAAAUCAAACUAUAAGAAGCACAAAUUUACUUAAAUAUCUUAAUGAUCGUUCCAUAAGAAAACAAAAAAGAAGUGAAAUCAUACAUUUAGAAAAUAAUAACAAUGUUAAUUUUUCUAUAAAUAACUUGAGAAUUUCAAAUAAGAAGAAUGAACAAAUUGGAGAAGGAAAAAAGGAUAAUAGUGAAUUGAUGAAGGUAAACAAACCAAAAGGAUAUCAUAUUGAUAUUAAAAAAAUAAAACAAAAUAAUGAAAACAUUAUAGAACAUAACAAAGAUACCAUGUGUUAUCAAGAGAAAUUAAAAAUACUAGGAAUACUUAAUAAAAAGGAUGAUGACAAUUUAAGUGAGAGUAAAAUAGACGAAUGUACACAUAAAUAUAUUUCAAAUGAACAAAAUGAUUUGAUAUGCGUUGUAAAUAAUAUAGAUGAAAAUUAUAAUAUUCAUUAUGAGGAAAAUGUAUAUAAUGAUAUUACAAAUGGUAAUAAUUACAUUGAUAAAAAAAAUAAUAAUAAUGAUAAUUAUAAUAGGAACCAUUUUAAUAAAAAUAUUGUAGAAAAAGAAAAAUUUUUAAUACAUAAAGAUCAUUUUAAUGUACAAGAAAAUAGUGAUAAUGUCAAUUUAAAAAAUAUAAAGGAAAAUUUUAAAAAGGAUAAUAAAUUGCAUGAUGCUGAAAAGGUAAAUAACAAUAUUGAACAUAGAAAUCAUACUACGGAUAUAAAUAAUAAUAUAAAUCAUACAUCUAAUUUAUAUUUUAAAAAGGAUGAUAAUAUAAUAAAACCUUUAUAUCACAAUUUUAAUAACCAUAUUGAAGAAAAGUUAGAUAUUAAAAAAUUUAUCAGUAAUAUAUAUAAAAGAAACAAACAUAUGAAUAUUAUUAUGAAAAGGAAAGAUAACGAAAAAUAUCAUAUAAAAAGAAAAACAUACACAACUAAUUCAAUUUUUUAUAAAAAGUAUAUUGAUAAGAAAAAAGAAAUAAAAAAAUUAAAAAACAUAAUUGACAAAUAUAAAAAGGAAUUAAAAUUAAGUAGGGCCCAAGUUGAAAAUUUAAAAUGCAGCAAUCAUAAUACAAGUAUAUUAUAUAAAGUAUUCUAUAGAAAAAUCAUGAAAAGAAGUAAUAAUGAUCACAUGUUUUAUAAUAUCAAAAAGAAUAAAUAUAAAUCAAAUGAUAACUUUGAAAAAAACAAAAAAGGGCAUAUACUGAGGAAAACGUGUUCACUUAAUAUUAUAGGGGGGUAUUUAAAAAGCAAAGAAAACAAUAUGGAAAAUAAUAAAUAUAUUUAUGAUAAUAUAAAUAUGGAUGAUAAUAAACAUAUUGAUAAUAAUAUAAAUGUAGUUAAUGAACUUGUGAACAAUGAUAAUUAUAAGAAAAAUUUGAAUUGUCUUAUUAAUAGUAAUAAGGAUAACAUAAUAUGUUCGAAAAUAACUACAAAUGUAAUCUUAAAUAAUAACACAGAAUAUAUCGGACAUAAAAUGAACUCUCAUAAAGCUCUUAGAGCACACACUAAUAAAUAUGAGAAUGAGAUACAAUUUUAUUCAGAUUCUACAUAUGAAAGAAUUAUAGAUAUUAAAAAUAAUAAGAAGCAACACAAUAUAUAUAAAAAAACAUUUACAAAAACAAAGCACAAUACUACAAAUAUUAUUUCAACUACAUUAGAUAUAAUAGGAACAAAUAAAAAUUAUGAAAAUACGGAGAAACAGCUAGAAUUACUUUUAAAAAAAAAUGUAACAUUAAAAGAACAAAUAAAUAAGUUAAAAAUAAAUGAUCAAGGAUUUUUAUAUAAUAUAAAAAAAAAAAUAAACGAAAGACAUACAACAAAUAAUAAUGAAAAAUAUAAUAUCAAAAGAAAUAUUUAUGCGUCUUUUAAUGAUUCAACUGAAAAUAUAUAUAACAUAAGUGUAAAUAAAACUCGUAAUCCAAUUAUCAAUAUGAAAAAUACGAAGAAAAAUAGAUACAGUAAUAAUACACGAUUCCAUUACCCACUAAAUUUAAUAAAGCAAUAUUCAUAUGAUUAUACAUCGGAUUAA